AUGGCCCUCUACCACUUCGGCGUCCUCGCCAUCGCCUCGUCUUACCAUGACUAUGGCUCUCACUCUCAGUGGAAACGCAUCGCCGAGUGCAAGACCAAGUUGCAGGUGGCCGCUCAGGGGAUUACGGGCAACCUUCGAGAAUUGCUGCAAUGCAACCUCCUCCAGUAUCUUCCGAUCAGCAUCGUCGCCUAUGCCACAUUCCCGCUCGUCCUCCACGUGCUCGACACCAAGCUGCCUACGUCCAGUGGUCAGAAUCAAGCCAAGCAGACCGGCCUGGCCGUCUACACGCGGCUGAUGAAGGUAUUCGAGAAGUCGUACGAUGGCACCGACCUCGUGCUUGCAUCGGUCUCCACAAUCGUGAGCCACAUCAAGCUGAACGACGUGACGAAGUCGUUGGAAGUGUGUCUGGACCCAGACAAGGCCGGUGGUGGAAGGAAGACGUCGUCUCGUCGCAAUCAACCCCGCCACCAUCUUGCGUCACACUCGCACUCACAGUCACAGUCACACUCACAGUCACACUCACAGUCACACUCACACUCACAGUCACACUCACAGUCAUAUUCACAGUCAUAUUCACACUCACCGUCGCCCUCCACACACGACUCGCCCGCCCUCACCCUCUCUUCCAGCAGCUACGAUUGGGGCGACGUUCUGCUCCGCCAGCCGGUAUGCUACAUGCGGCUCGCGCUCACCAUCGACAUCUUUUUGAGUACUGGCCGUCUUCCGCACGACACGGAACUUCCGUCGGCACUGCGGUCGCGCCACCAAGACACGGACACGGGAUUUCCAUUCUACCCCAUUAGUCUGGAGCCCUCACUCUCGCAGAUCCAGACGGCCAACGACACCGACAAUAGUGGCAACAAAAACAAGGCCUGCUGGGAGACUGGGGCGGAAACUGAACCUGUAGAGCGAGCCAGUCAAACUACUCAUCAUCAUGAUGGUAUAACGGGAUCCCAGCCGAAUCACAAUGUCUCGGACAACGGCCAGCUGCUUUCGACACCGACACCGACGCCGACGCUGACCCCGACACUGGCCCAGCCACAACCACAGUCCCAGGCCCAGGUCCCCCCAAAUACCAGUGUCGAGAUCGACUAUGACAUGUUCGAAGCCUUGCUUCUGGGCUAUGAAUUUGAAUCCUCCGCUCUCCAGUCUUCCGAGUAG